AUGCCCAAGGCCGGCAGGCGGCGCAGGAGGGGAAAUCCGGAGACGGAGCGGGAAGCGAAGAAGAAGAAGAAGAAGACGACGACGGCGAGAAGCCUGGCAGAGGAUCGAGGAUUGAUGUUCGCGGCCUUCGAGAAUCGUGCGCAUGACGACGACGUGGCCGAGUCCUCGUUGGAGGAAUCCUCGUAUCCACCCAGCCCUCUGCUUCACAGACCCUACAUCCCCGACGAGCUAGCUGAUAGGCCGGACAUACGUGCCGCCUUCAAGCACGCCAAGGCCCAAUACCAAGCAGAUUUAGCUUGUCGGUUUGCCUUCACAUUGGAUCGCUCCUCUUCUCUUUCGUGCCUGUCUCACGAGCAACACCUUCACCAUAUCCGUGAGCCUGCAAAGGAUGCGGUGCUUUUUGCCGCCAACUCUAUCAUCACCCUCUCGUCCUAUCUUGAUGAUGAGCCGCUGAAUAGGUGUUGUGGUUUGUGGAUCCAACAGGACUACAAGAACAAUACCGCCGUGGUUUUGACGUCCGCGCAUCUCAUUCGCGCAAAGGAUCCCGACCAGUGGAUGGAUGAGUGGACGGGUGAAUAUCAUCGCAACGCUGAGGUCAUUGUUCACUUGCUUGACGACACAACUGCAGUAGCCAGUCUCCUCUACCUCCAGGAGCACUAUGAAUUUGCUCUUUACGAGGUUGUAGUGAACAAACCGGUUCAACUGUCCACUUUUAAUGACAAUGUGCACUCUGGUCAAGAUGUGUUCCGACUUGGAAGGGAUGAAAGUCUUGAUCUAAGGAUAACCCAUGGUAGGGUGGAAUACAUGAUUCCUGUCCCUUACGAGAGAUGUCACUACAUGUAUUUUUCCAACAAUGAACAUAUCUUGCGUGACGAUGGAGGCCCUAUCAUUGACUUGGAAGGGAAGGUUGUGGGAAUGGUUAACAAUCAAAUCAAUGAGACCUUUUUACCUUCUCCUAUAUUGCACAAGUGCUUGGAUUCAUGGAGAAAGUGCAUCCCUCGACCCCCCCUUGGAAUGACCUUUACUUCCAUCAAGCUUCUAGAUCCAAUUGGUAUUGAGAGGCUGAGGCGUAAGCAUAACAUUGAGUCUGGUCUUAUUGUUGAAGAGAUGUCAAAAGAAUCGAAUGCUGAGAAACUUGGAAUCAGGAAGGGUGAUAUUAUUGAACGCUUCAAUGGAGAAUAUAUUUCUAGUACAAUUGAGCUAGAGAAGAUGUUGUUGGACAUAGGCAACGACCAUUUUGAACAAGCAAAACGCUUAAAUGCCGAAAUAGAUGUUCAAAUUCAAAUAUUUCGUGCCACGAAACUUUGCCGAAGAACUAGAAACUUGAUUGUAAUUAUAUCGGAUUGUGGAGAGGACAUCAUAGAAGGAGCAAAAAUGUAA